AUAUUCUCCGAUCCGUUUGAGUGCAAUAAAAUUUAGUCGACACCGCUGCUAUUGAAACGCAACUGCUCCCUGUACUUGAACUUAGCUAGCGCUCAGUUUCUUUAAACUAUGCCAGAAGUAAUUGCUAAGGGCUUCAGUAUUAAUUAUUAUAUUUGUAACGGAAUUUGUCUUACGCAUUUGUUAAAUUUAUGUGCUUAUUGGAAAAGUACUCGGUUUCUCUACUAAUUGAAUUUGAAUCAUGCCAGAUAUGUCCGAUCUGAUUAAAAAUACAGUUACAGCGUAUCCUGAGGCGUUUCGUGCGAGGUUUCGAUUCGUUUUAAGUUCUCCCCAGCACCGUUUUGAAAUCUCCAUUUUUGACAUUCAUAUCUGUCAUAAUUCGUUUCAUCAAAUGUUUCGCAAAAUAAUAAUGAUCAUCCAUGAUAAUUUAUUUUGUCCAUCAGUGUCCAAUUAUUUCAAAUUUCCAGCAGCAUUAUUGUCGGAAUCAUUAAAAAAUUGUGGCAAGAUUAAUUUAAAAAUUUAAACAAAACUUUUUUUAAGGUUAUGUUGGUACGCUUCUCUGUCGCCGUGAAGAAAUCCAAACUUUCGAUACGAACCUCGACUUAUAGUCGAAUGAUCCUAGUAGUCAUUGCCAGUUUGCAGUAUAAAUAAUAAAAAAAACUAGACUUAAGUAUGUACACGCAAUAAAUAUAACAGUUGAAAAGAUCACACUCUGACCAGAGAUUUUGGCCAAGGUUAUUGCGAACAUACAAAUCCAUUUUUAUUAUUACAUAUGUGCUUUUGAGGAUUUUUUCUUUACGUUUUCGUGUAUUUUGGUGGUUUUUUGAACCAUUUUUCGCGUUGGAUGGAGAAUAUAAAAAAUUGAUUCCUCACGAACCGCAAAUUUAAGAAAUGCUUUGUGCAACCAGUACUUAUUUUGGCUUUUCACUUUAAUAUAAUAUGACGAAAAUAUCUCUGAAUAUUCAAUGGUCAGCAUGGAUCAAAGAUAUUAUAUCCAAAAGACCCUUUUACAUCCUACAUCCAUAGAAUUUGCACGUCAAAUUUGGUAGUUUGCUGUUGGUGAUUUUGCGAUUUGAGAAGUGUUUGUGCCUAAAUAUUGAUUAAACAGUUAUCUAAAAUGGUUUUUCCAUUACUUAAUGUGUGGAAUAAUCAGUUAAGAUCAUACUAACUUGUCGUAGGUAAGCUUUCACCUGUAGUGAUGUCGCACAGCUUUGACUUUGGAUCAUGGAACGUCCGUUCUGUUCUGGAAGAAUGGGAACCAAACUAUUCAUAACUAUUUACGUCGACUAUUUGCAUGUCCAAUGGAUUAUAAAUCAAUGGCAAAAUUCAAAAUCUCCAUCGCUUUAAAUAUUGUUGUGUUUAGAGAACAUUAAAUAUCGUCAUGACAGGACGCCACUGACACAUAAAUAAGUUUUGUCUGAAGGAGAAAAAUAAUCGUGGACAGGCUGUAGCACCUUAGCUGGUUCACACUCAAAUCAAUAUAUUGGGGGUCAAUUUAAUUGCAACAGCGAAAUCGACGAAUAUUCUUGAAACGGGCUUGAAAAUAAGGUUUCCUUGAAUUGACGCCGUGUCACGGAUAGAUAAGGCGCGAAUGUGUAUGUGUGUACUUUGCGACGAUAACGACGAUUAAGAUCGUGUAACCUGUAGCGUCUCCGAUGUCAAUGUUUGUGUGUUUUGUGCGCCCGCCCGUGGUACAAAAGCCUCGCUUUAGCUUUGUUGUGUCGUGUGGGGCAGCCCUUAGCCUCGCCCGUCGUUCCCCAUAAUCAUCCCGGUUUUCUUGCGUUCCCGUAGACUUUAAAAGCAUGAACGAGGAUUCGCGCCAGCGUCUCCAUCAUCACCACCAUCAGCAGCAACAGCAGGAAGCGGCGGUUAAAAAGCGCGCGCUCGACACGUGGACCUUCGACCCGUCGGACAUCGGCAUCAAAAUGCUGAAAGAUCGACGCGAGAAGAUCACCAACGCCGGGAAGUACUCGGAGCGUUAUCGGGACGCGUUCGCCCACGACGUCAAAGAGGAAAAGUACCCGUUGACGAGUAAAUGCCGCGAGGCGCUCGAGCACCACCGUCAGUCAGCCAAAGGCGAUCGGGAAAGCCCCACGUUGGCCACCGGCAUGGUGCUCGCGUCCAGAGCGUCACCGAGCAACGCCACCAACGACCUAAACAAGAACCAAAACGCCCUGAUCGGGUACAAACCAGUACCGGACGGUUCGAUAAAGAGCCCGCCGCUGACGUCUCCGGUCACGUCGCCUAUCGGCACCCCCAAAUCCACAAAGUGGCCGAAGAAAAGCAAAGAUGUGAAUAUUUACAGCGUCACACCCGCCACCAACGAUGCCGUCGAAUCCCAGCCUAAGCCACGGCAGGUGGCACUCAACUUGAUAUUGAAUAGUAACCAACAGAACGACAGCACGAUGUCGCACCUGCUCCAGGUAGAGGACAUCAUCUCCAAGCUGAACGAGAAGGAAAAGAAGGAGGUGAACCUGCGCAAGUUCGACGAGCUCGUCAAAAAGGUUAUAUUGGGAGGAGACGCUAAGGCCGCCAAGAAACCGGCGACGGCGGCGGAGGGGCCGCCCGCGUCGGAACAGUCGCAGGACGCCCUUAAGUCACACGGUCACAUUCUGAACCCGAUCAAGCAUUGUAACGAGAUCGAGGAUCUGCAGGCGAAGGGCUUGAGCGACGUCGAAACCGACAUGGAACACGAAAGGCCCUUCAAGAGGCACGUGAAAGAGAGGAAGAGCAUGGACCACCAGGCCGUAAAAGAGGCGAAGGCGUCCAGCAACGCCGCUGCGGCGCCUCUGAACAGGACUGCAUCAGACGUUCAAGACAAGAACGCUGCUGCGUUGAAGCGGAAACCAAGACUGUCGCGGGAACGUAACAAGAGCAAUGACAGCACAACGGAAUCCACGAGGAGUAGUUCGGCGUCGACGCGGAAUAGGCCGAGGCUGGGUGACGAGCCGACCAUCGGCAAGUACAAGCUUCUCAAGACGAUCGGCAAAGGCAACUUCGCGAAGGUGAAAUUGGCAAAACACGUGCCCACCGGCAAAGAGGUGGCGAUCAAGAUCAUUGACAAGACGCAACUCACGCCCGGCUCGCUGCAAAAGCUGUUUAGGGAAGUAAGGAUAAUGAAGAUGCUGGACCAUCCGAACAUCGUGAAGCUUUUCCAAGUGAUAGAAACGGAGAAAACUUUGUACCUGGUGAUGGAGUACGCCUCGGGAGGCGAGGUCUUCGACUACCUCGUGCUUCACGGUCGCAUGAAAGAGAAAGAGGCGCGGGCAAAGUUCAGGCAGAUCGUUUCCGCAGUGCAGUACUGUCAUCAAAAGAGAAUUAUCCAUAGAGACUUAAAGGCUGAAAAUUUGUUGUUGGACAGCGAGAUGAAUAUAAAAAUAGCUGACUUUGGUUUCUCGAACGAGUUUACCCCCGGGAAUAAGUUGGACACGUUCUGCGGUAGUCCGCCAUACGCCGCCCCCGAACUAUUCCAAGGUAAGAAAUACGACGGACCCGAAGUGGACGUAUGGUCGCUGGGCGUCAUCCUGUACACCCUGGUGUCGGGCAGUUUGCCGUUUGACGGGUCGACCCUCAGGGAGCUGAGGGAGCGCGUUUUACGCGGCAAGUAUCGGAUCCCGUUUUACAUGAGCACCGACUGCGAGAACCUGCUGAAGAAGUUCCUGGUGCUCAAUCCGGCGAAACGCGCGAGCCUCGAAACGAUCAUGAAGGACAAGUGGAUGAACCAGGGGUAUGUGGGGUACGAGAACGACGAACUGAAACCGUACGUUGAGCCCGAGCAAGACAUGAACGAUCCUAAAAGGAUCGAGGCACUCGUCUGUCUGGGCUUCAAUCGGUACGACGUCGAAAACUCGCUAGACUCGCAGAAGUACGACGACGCUUACGCCACUUACCUCCUGCUGGGAAGAAAAAGUACCGACCCGGAGAGCGACGGUAGCCGUAGCGGCAGCAGCCUAUCUCUCAGGACCAUGACGGGCGGACAGCCGCAGGUCGGCGCUCCGCAGCCGACUGCGCAGAGUCCCUCGCACAGGGGUGUGCAUCGAUCGAUCUCCGCCACCCAUGCCAAACCAAACAGGAGAGCGUCGAGCGGCGGUGGACCUAUCGAGACUUUGAGGACGGGGGCGCAACCGCAGGUGGCCGCCGCCCAAACCAACAACCACCAGUCGGGUUUCAAGCGACAGAACACCAUCGAUGGGCCUACGAUCAAGGAAAACACGGCACGUCUGAACGCGCGUCCAGCCAGCGCCCAACCAAAAACUACCACCGAGAACAGUAUACAAGUGCCGGCCAAAGCUAGAACCGUUUCUAAGAACACGACGCUGUCUUUGGGGACGACGGUGGGCCGUCGGUCCACCAUCAGCUACGACGGCAAGUCGGAGAGCACGGAAAAGACCAACUUGGCGGUCGAUCUUCCCGGCACCGAAUCCUCCGCUACGGGUGACGUCUUGAGGCCCGGCAAGGGUCACAUCAAGUCGGCUUCGGUCAGUAGCGGCGGCCCCGAGACCGCCGCCAACGAUCCCCUGCGCACUAGUCGUACGAGCGCGUCUCCUGCGGCGACCAGACAGCAGGCAUUCCCGAGGAACACGUCAGCGAGGAGCACCUUCCACUCGGGUCAGACGAGGCCGCGGGCGCAGUACACGCAAGGCGCGCCCGGUGACUCGCCCCACACUAGGCCCGGUUUUUUUGCAAAGUUUAGCCUCAAGAGUUUUACGAAAAGAGCAUUAGAGCCAGGCCAACAAGUUAAACAUGGCAACUCACCGUUACCUUCAGUAGGGGUCGGCGGUGGAGGAGGCGGAGGCGGUGUCGGCGGAGGCGCGACCCAAAACGACGAACACGUGAAACCGCGAUCGCUACGUUUCACGUGGUCGAUGAAGACGACCUCCAGCCGCGAUCCGGCCGAGAUUAUGGCGGAGAUACGCAAGGUACUCGACGCGAACAACUGCGAUUACGAGCAACGCGAACGGUUCCUGUUGCUGUGCGUGCACGGCGACCCGAACACCGACAGUCUGGUGCAGUGGGAAAUUGAGGUGUGCAAACUGCCCAGACUCUCGCUCAACGGUGUACGAUUCAAGAGGAUUUCAGGCACUAGCAUCGGUUUCAAGAAUAUUGCUAGCAAAAUAGCGAACGAACUAAAACUGUGACUGCUCGUCAAGGAGACGGACACGGAUAGCAGCGAGCCGCCGACCUAGUACGAGAGGAGGAUAUGAAUUUCUAGACGCGCGUGCGCGCGCGCGCCCCAAGUUUGUCGAAUAAAUAAUAAAAACAAAGUCACGCCGUUAAUAAAAUACAGAAUAAGAACAAAGUUUCGUCGUUAAGGAUGGUGCAACAAUAAUAACGAGGCUUGUGAUACGCGCAAACCGGUCAGUGUCGGAGAUGAACUUUGUUCGUUUUGAAAAAAAAUGUCAAUUUCUCGAUGGACGGUUACCAAGAGCUCGAUGGGCGUGGCCGACGCGGCACAGUGUCGUUUCCUCAAUUCAAAUGUACAUAAAUGUGUGUGAAAGUAGCGCGCGUGAGAUCCUGAAUGUACUAGAAGUAAACAAAUAUAUAUAUAUAUAAAUAAUAGUUUUUAACAAAUUUGCCACAUCUACAUGUUUUUUUUUUCGUUUCAGCCUUUCAAUCACUAAUUUAUUGAAUAAAUCACUUUUUUUUAAGUACAUGUGGCCCGGCGGUCGGGGCAACUAUAGAUCGGUCGGGUCGAACCCAUUCCGCUUUUUUUUGUAAAUACGCGCUUCGCCCCUUUCGCCUACGUCUAGAUCGCUCUUUUCUACCGGAAUCCCGAAUUUUUCGCAGACGGAUCUACAGUUGCGCCCCCCGCUGCGUAGUGAAUCGCGCUAGAAAAUAAAAAAAAACCAUUCGUUCGGUGGUUUAGAUCGAAUCAUCAUCUCUGUAUAAUAAAUAUUUAAAUAAUACAUCCGGAUUUUAUCGAGAUCAUGAGUGUACUUACUGAAUAGCAUCCUGUUAAAAAAUAUGAUAUAAAAAACGAAAAUAUAAGUCGGGCUUCGCCGAUCGGACACCGCGUCAGUUUCCCGUUAUUUUCUUUUUAUACCUAAAUUAUGAUUAUCGCGUUUUUGACAAAACUAAAAGCGCGAGCCGGUCGGCGAGGCGGAUGGAUCCCUUCCAUUGAAUUUAUAUGAUAACUUAGACCCUACGGUAAAAUCGUAAUUGUUAGUACAGUUUAGGUAUAGACCGCUGUAAAGGGCAAUCUUGCUUUACAUUUAAAACAAAAAAAAUCAAUUCUUUCACCGGGGAUGGGCACUUAUGUUAGUUAUGCUAUUGAUCAUUUAUAAUAAAUAUGAUACCGAA